GGUUCCAUCGUGGUGGGGAUUGACUACGACUGCCGGGAGAAGAUGAUCUAUUGGACUGAUGUGGCCGGCCGGACCAUAAACCGGGCCAGUCUGGAGGCAGGCGCUGAGCCGGAGACCGUUAUCAACUCAGGUGUGUUCCCAUCACCAGUGACACCUGCCCAAAGCCACGUCAGCAGGUCCACACCCCGGCGGGUGCUCUUCAACACGGAGCUGGUCAACCCCCGGGCCAUCGCGGUGGACCCCGUCCGAGGGAACCUUUACUGGACAGACUGGAAUCGUGAAGCACCUAAAAUUGAAACUUCUACUGUCAAUGGAGCCAACAGGAGAGUCCUGGUGAACACAGACAUCGGUUUGCCCAACGGCCUGACGUUCGACCCCUUCUCCAAGCUGCUCUGUUGGGCAGACGCAGGAACAAAGCACCUGGAGUGCACCUUCCCCGAUGGCACAGGACGGCGUGUCAUACAGAACAACCUCAACUACCCCUUCAGCAUCAUCAGUUACGCCAAUCACUUCUACCACACCGACUGGAGACGGGAUGGUGUGAUAGCUGUUGAUAAAGAAACUGGCUCCUUUACUGAUGAGUAUCUCCCAGAGCAGCGAUCACAUCUCUAUGGAAUAACUGCAGUUUAUCCCUACUGCCCCGGAGCAAGGAAAUAA